GUCGGAAUAUGAAUAAAUACAAAUACUGUUAUACUUAUCGAAGAGGUGGUAAAUUUAUUUUAUUUUAAAUUCGAAUUGAUAAAAAUAAUAAGUAUUAUUUUGACUUAGUCUAAUUAUGUACGGACACAAGGUAUUCUAAAUAUGAUAAUAUCUUCUUCUGUUUUUGUAUCUAAAGUUGCGCAAUAUGGCGAUUUUGGCUCAGCUGCUUUUGUGAAAAACUAAAAUAACUUUGAGACUGUGACACGCUCUAAUAAGCUUAAUUUUAAGAAAAUUCAUUUACUUUGUUCUAAUUAUUUGAAAAAGUGAUAAAAUGCCUUGUGAUUCUCAUAGUUCUUAAAUCGUGUCUGACUCUCCAAUACUAUUAAGAACUUUUUCGUUUGUAACGUGAUUUGCAAGAAAAUCAUUCAAACUGGAGCGCCUGCCCGAAUAUCUGCGGGACACGGUCGACUGGUUCAUGGGGUGAGUUGCAUGCUCGCCGCCGCACGCCCUGUGAGUUGGUGUGUGUGUGCUCGCGUGGCGGGCGCCACAUGCGUGUCAUGUGAUCAUGCUGGACUGUCUCUGGAAGGCCCGUCGCAAGGAACGCGAGGGAGAGGGCGCCGGCGAUCCCAAGCUGUACCUGCAGGAGGCGCUGCUGGAGCGGAAACUACCUGACCUUGACAUGCGCCAGCUGGUGGACCUGCCGCACGGGCUGGACUAUAACGAGUGGCUCGCCUCGCACACGCUGGCGUUGUUCGAGCACGUGAACCUGCUGUACGGAACCGUGUCGGAGUUCUGCACAGCGGUCAGCUGUCCCGACAUGAGCGGCCCGGCCGGCCGCACCUACCCCUGGUAUGACGAGCGCGGCAAGAAGUCGCGCAUCGCGGCGCCGCAGUACGUCGACUACGUCAUGACCCACACGCAGAAGACCAUCAACGACGAGGCGGUCUUCCCCACCAAAUAUGCGAACGAGUUCCCGGCGCAGUUCGAGGGCGUGGUGCGGCGCGUGGUGCGGCUGCUGUACCACGUGGUGGCGCACCUGUACGCGGCGCACUUCCGCGAGCUGGCGCGCCUGCGCCUCCACGCGCACCUGCACCUCACCUUCGCGCACAUCACCGCGCUCGACCGCCGGUUCGCGCUGCUCGACCACAAGGAGACUGAGGUCCUGCGUGAUCUAGAAGUGGCGUUGAGGCUAUCGGAGCCGGCGGGCGAGGGCGCGGAGGAGCCGUCCCCGCGGCGCUCGCCCGUCGUCACACAGCCGCUGGCGUCCGCGUGACCGCCGGCGGCCGCCGUGUGACCCGCGGCGUGUGUGACAAGCCCGGCGCGUGUGACAAGCCCGGCGUGUGUGACAAGCCCGGCGCGUGUGACAAGCCCGGCGCGUGUGACAAGCCCGGCGCGUGUGACAAGCCCGGCGCGUGUGACAAGCCCGGCGCGUGUGACAAGCCCGGCGUGUGUGACAAGCCCGGCGCGUGUGACAAGCCCGGCGCGUGUGACAAGCCCGGCGCGUGUGACAAGCCCGGCGCGUGUGACAAGCCCGGCGCGUGUGACAAGCCCGGCGCGUGUGACAAGCCCGGCGCGUGUGACAAGCCCGGCGCGUGUGACAAGCCCGGCGCGUGUGACAAGCCCGGCGCGUGUGACAAGCCCGGCGCGUGUGACAAGCCCGGCGCGUGUGACAAGCCCGGCGCGUGUGACAAGCCCGGCGCGUGUGACAAGCCCGGCGCGUGUGACAAGCCCGGCGCGUGUGACAAGCCCGGCGCGUGUGACAAGCCCGGCGCGUGUGACAAGCCCGGCGCGUGUGACAAGCCCGGCGCGUGUGACAAGCCCGGCGCGUGUGACAAGCCCGGCGCGUGUGACAAGCCCGGCGCGUGUGACAAGCCCGGCGCGUGUGACAAGCCCGGCGCGUGUGACAAGCCCGGCGCGUGUGACAAGCCCGGCGCGAGGCCGACUACUGGCCGUGGACUGACGGACCGAGUCGACUCCUGCGCGAUGCGUGUACGUUCCGUAACUUGAUCAAUUGUUAAUUCUAUUGUAAAUAUUUCAAUCUGUUAAGUAGUUUUAGGUGAUUCUUAGUUUAUACAUUUGUGAUUGCUUUGGUUGUAAAUAAAAGUGAUAUUUGUUUAACUAAUAAACUGAAAGCUUUAUUGAU